AUGUUUCCUGGCCUUCAUCACUUACACGCAAUCCAGACCGAGGGUCUUGCCAUUUGGGACACUGCACUUGACCGAUUAUUCACAUCAAACCCUUUCCUCAUUGUUGCAACUGCUGAUGGACCCGGUAUGGCAUUUUUAACCAGCCUGGUCAGCCAUCAUGGUAAAAUGGGCUGUAGACUCUACUUGUUAGGUACUGUGCCGGCUCAAGAGGCAGAGGGGUCGGGGCUUGGCUUCAGCUCUUGCGCUGCGCCCUUAGCUGAGUACGUGCCCCGAAUUUGGAGCAGGUCCAAUGUUGUCCAAUGA